GUAACGUGCUCCCAAUCACAUCUCCUGCCGGAGUCUGAGGCAUAAGGUCGCUUUAAGAGAUAUCUCAGUUUCGACAGGACGCCUCCUACCUUCUGCUCGACCAAAAACUCUUGUUGUGUCUCACCUGAUGCGAAGCAGCGCGGGCAGCCCGAGAAGAGACCCCUCCUCGGCAGCAAAUGAAGGCUGGUCCAUACACUGGGGAGAAUUAAGGAUGGGGGGAAAGCUGUAAAAGAAUGCAAAUGAUAUUCAUGAAGUAAUUACAGCAGGUGUGACACAAUAAAUUAGUUUGAUUACUCCACAACCUUUGAAGUGAGCCCAGGAAAUUCACCAUGGAGCUGCAGCACAACACCAACCACAACCAAGCCUUGUGGAAGGAGAUACCGUGGGAUUUCACAGAUGACUGCUCCCUCUCAGUGAGUGGCACCACCUUCCUCAUCAUCGCUUACAGCACGGUAAUGGCGGUGGGUCUCAUUGGGAACUCUUGCCUGGUGUUUGUAAUCACACGGCACAAGGAGAUGCGAAACGUCACCAACGUCUUCAUCGCCAACCUCUCCUGUGCUGACAUCCUCAUGUGCAUUGUGUGCCUGCCGGUCACCAUUAUCUACACCCUGAUGGACCACUGGAUCUUAGGGGACCUCCUCUGUAAGCUCACGCCCUUCAUCCAGUGUAUAUCCGUCACUGUGUCCAUCUUCUCCCUCGUCCUCAUCGCCAUGGAGCGCUACCAGCUCAUUGUCCACCCGACUGGAUGGAAGCCCAUGGUGGGGCAGGCCUACCUGGCGGUGGCUGUCACCUGGACCGUGGCGUGCCUAAUCUCUGUGCCUUUCCUCUCGUACAGCGUCCUCAUGGCGCCUUUCCAGAACCUCAGCAUGCCUUUCCCAGUCAGCGACCAGCUUGUGUGCAUGGAGCGGUGGCCAUCCGUUCAGGAGCGGCGAGCUUACACCACCUCCCUGCUCAUCUUCCAGUACUUCCUCCCUCUCACCCUCGUCAUGCUCUGCUACAUGCACGUCUACCUGCGCCUCAGGAGGAGGAAGGACAUGGUGGAGCGCGGCAGGAACACCACCCAAAAGAAAAACAAAGGGGCCAUGAGGAUCAACGCCAUGUUAAUCGCCAUCGUGGUGGCAUUCGCCGUCUCCUGGCUCCCGCUCAAUAUCUUCAACACGGUGUUCGACUGGAACCACGAGGCCAUCCCGUCCUGUGGCCAUGACGUAAUUUUCUCUUUCUGCCACCUCACGGCCAUGGCCUCCACCUGCGUCAACCCCAUCAUCUACGGUUUCCUCAACAGCAAUUUCCAGAAACAGCUCAAGUCCACCCUACUGCGCUGUCGCUGCUGGGGGGUGACCGAGAGGUACGAGAGCGUGCCCCUCUCCACCAUCAGCACAGAGGUCACCAAGGGGUCAAUUUUGAGCAAUGGAUCUAUCAGCAUCAAUACUUAAACCCAAGCCUUUUCAGUGAAAGACAAAGAGACUUCUGGGGGCCUCUUCAGCCCUCAUUGUGUCAUCCUUUGGAGCUUUUCUUGCUUUGUUGCGUCCAAAAUUGAGGUUGACAUUUACAAGGUUAUAAAUCUCACAACAGCAGCCCAGAGAUUCGACUGAAGACAGUUAACCUGUAUGGUGUGAGGCCAUCGAUUCACAUGUAAGGGGAAGUAGAUAACAAAUUGAUGGUGCAAAGGUCGGACAAGUAUUGUAAGGUAUGAAGGCACUUCACAUGAGCACUUUUGCAGUCUGUAUAGUCCUUUCCCCAUGUGCUGUGGGCACAUACAAAUGAAGAGACAGCUUUAAUCUGGUAUUCAUCAGUCAUGUUUUCUCUCUAAAGCACUGGGAUCUACUCAGAUUGUCACGUUUUUAAAAAAUGUCAGCUAUUAAGGAGUUGCUUUUCACACUUUCUCUUAUUAAAAUGUGAGCAAUGGAACCACUCAAGAGAUGUAAAUGGACUAAAGGGGUUUAGAAACUGCAAAUGUUUUUCUCAGUUUUGCUGUUUUAUAUUAAUAGUAUUGACGACAUAUUAAGAGAUUGUAAAAUGUGCUUUGUUAAUGAUUAUCGACAGAGUAGUUUAUUGAGUAUACUGAAGGAGGGAACAUUAGUGCAUUAAAUGUGCCUCCAGGCGUUCAUUUAAACUAUUUACUCCCAUCAUCUUAAUGCAUUUCUUAUUACCUAAAAUCACCACAUUCAUUGUAAUGGUCUUUUACAGAGAACCUUUCCAAGAGAUACACUCCACUCUGUCCGCCAAGGUCUGCAGUGUAUUGUGCGUGUGGGAUGUUUUUACUCAUAAAUGUGCCAUUCAACAACCAUAUAUCAAGUGCCAUAAAACAAAAUAAAAAAGGCAGUGGAGGGCGAUGUCAGAGCACGGUUCGUCUGCUGUAUAUAACAUUACUAAAUACUCGUAUAGCCUGUAAAAUAUGUAACACAGUUAUAAUUAAUGGUGUGGUGGGGAAUAAAGAGCACUGUGUAGCAUAGCAGAUAUCUCCUAGGAAACCUGUUGUACGUCACUUUUCUUUAUGGUAUUGAAUUAAACUUUACUAUCUCUUAUCUUUAAUGAUAGCGUCUAUGUUGUAAUCUUUUGUUUAGAUGAGUUACAUUUUUGCCUGUUUGAUCUUCGUGUACUGCUUUUCAGUUUGUUUGCCAAACUUCACGUCUGCCUUGCUCUCUGAGUGUGUGUUGAACACAGAAUAUAUUUUAAACUGCCCUGUUGGUUGUCAGUUCAUCCACAUCCAUCGCAGUUUUACCAGAUAAUUGAUUUGUCCUAAUGAUGCGUUCCGGACAACUAGGGAGGUCGACAUUUUCUCGGUUUAAUUGUCCAACUUCCGAUUUCCAAGUGUUUCAGAUACAAGUGUCAUUGCUUGUGACAAACUGAUGGUUUUUUGGCAAGUGUUCAGCAAAUUAAACUCUCAGCAGUGCAGCACAUUUUUUUCUCAUUUCUAAGAUAUUCCCAUAAAACUUGAGCACAAAAGGAGAAAGCUUUGCGAGAUUGUUUACUGUAACAAGAUCAAUAAGAUCGUGACAUAUUUUGACAACAAUUUACAUGCAAAACAGGUUUUACUUCACAAAUGUAUGUCUAAUUUGAAUUAAAUUAAGGCAAUUACAAAUACUGUUUAGUUGAUGGUGUACCAGACAAUGUGUUCUUCCAUUGUUAUGUGACGGCUUAUUCCUGAAGUCGGUGUGAAUGGAUAUGCUCCAAAAUCGACUUCAAGUGAAAAUCCAUUGUACUUUACUGUACUCUAGUAGGAGGUGUCACAUUUUCAAGUUGUCAGGAAAAAAAGCAUAGAAUGUUACGUUUAGAAUGUUACGUCCAGACUGCAUCAUUUCCACUUCAGGAAACUGUGUGAAGUGCGGGAUUAAAGUGUUGAUGUGCCCACAAACAAAACACGUCUUUGCUGUGGUAUGUUGUGUACAGUAAAAAAAAGAAUCGUACAUACAGUUUUAUAAAAAAGAAUGUCUCUUUCUAAAAGUUCAAAUUAAAUGUGCUUCAUCAUUCAGGCGUCUGAGAUCACAACACAUUUUAGAUGUGCUUGUAGUGUUGAAUAAAUCAGUGUUGUGUUUUAUGCCUUAGAUCUUAAAUAGCAUGGGAAAGAAAAGAAACAGCAUGACACAUCAAUGGGAAUUGUGUUAAAUAUUCAUGCUGUGGGAAGGCAUGUUAACAGUUAUACUCACAUCGGUCUCAAAUAAGUACAUCAGGGUUAGGUUUUGCAGCUUUAUAGCCUUGGAAAUGAAGUCAGGAGGUUAAGAGUUGCAUGUUUUGACAGCUUACAGAAAAUCAAACCUGUUUUUGAACUGACAGCGACUCACUCAACCCACCAAACAGUUUUCCAUGGGACAUUUAGCCCAUAAGAGAGCUCUCAGAAGUCCUUUAGGACAUAAUUGACAGUGUUUUUUUGCCUGAGCUGGCCUUUAGAGACUGUCAUUCCCCUCUGCUCACCUGUCUUUCCUUUGUAAAAACCACUGAAUGAAGCAGCAGGUGUUCUUUUCGUGUGGAAGAACGGACCCAAGAUGCCGGAGGUGCUGACGUACUCCAGCGACACUUGACAAUAACUGGAACUUAAAUGGUGCCAUUUUAUAUUGUUACCAACGUAACAGCGAAGGGGCUAAUACGAGCACAUUACUGCGCUAUGAAAUGAAGCUCAGCUGAAGCAAAAAUGCAAUGAGUCCACAGGGCCACACUCUCCUUGUCAGUAGAGCCGUUCCAACAACAUUAGCAUCUUGGCUCUCCGCAUUUUUCAUUUAGAAAGAUUCGCAUAAGCAGUCUCUCCCGAUCACAGGAACAACAUGAACUACAUCGCUGGCGAGAGAUUUCCUCAAGGUGUUGUUUUCAGCAUUUAAAUUCACUGUUUUUUUUGUGCCUUCCUAAGAAGAGGAUAUCAUUCACCCUGUUUUGCAUUUUUAAUUAGUUGUAGCUUUUUGUGUUGCCUUAUUGAAAUAUAAGUCUUUUUUAUGUCGAAAUCCUACAUGUGAAGAUCUACGUGUUAAAAAACACAGCAUUUACAGUGAAUCUCCAGAGUCCCCCGAAGCCUUAUGAUUUAAAAUAUAUGUUAUAUAAGCUAUCACGUGCUGCAAACAAUUUUUCAUUUGUAUGCAAUGAUGUCAGAUAAAGUAAUUGGCCCCAUAUACCUUUGAUCCCCUUGGGUAUAAGGAACUAAUCUUUUUGUUCUGGCAGAUGAAAAGGUCAGAGGGAGUUAGACUGUUGCCUCUGGAAUCCUAAAGAUGGUGUUAAACAUGCUAACAUCUCUAGGACGCAUUGAAAGUGACAGGUAGCUCAUCUAGGGGUCAAACACAUAGAUCAACUUGGUAUUUCCUUCUCCUCUUACUAUCAUAUUUCCCUAAUGUUCCACCUUGAAUUGGACGUUUCCUCAUUCUGUGAGGGAGUGUUUAUAUCAUUCCCUGUCUUGUACCUGUUUGGAAAUCACAACAACAUGGACAUUUUGUCAGCCUGCUCAUGAGUCAGACCCCGGGGUUACACACAUGUAAUCCUCCAAAUAAAAUUCAAGUCAAAACAGUCAUGAAUGUCUCUGCUUUGUGAAUAAAUGUAGAAAUAGCCACCAUGCACUGCAGACAUUUACUACAUUUCUCCUGUGUCUUCUGUAAUAUUAAUAACAGACGCACACGCACGCACGUGCACGCACGCACGCGCACACACACACACACACACACACACACACACACACACACACACACACACACACACACACACACACACACACACACACACACACACACACACACACACACACACACACACACACACACACACACACACACACAGACUGUUGUCUUGCGUAACACAAGCAGACUUGACAGCCAGGAAUAGAAACCCCCUAAUUGGCCAGUUUUUCCUGGGGAUUGGAUUUGAGACCUCACAUGAAGAAAAUGAGAUCAGAAUAGAGGCUUAAAGAUGGAUGAAUGGAUGAAUGGAUGGACUUUAUUGAUCCCUAGAUGUAAAAUGAUUGUGUUACAGCUUUGAAAGGUUAUCAAGGCAUUGAACAGGAAUACAAAAACAUGUUGAGUUAUAUAAGUAAAUACAGAUAUAUAGAUAGAUAGAUCAUGAGAUUAUUUUAAGCAUUUCAUCUUCAUAAUCUUGCCUUGACAAUUUACGAAGUGGCCUCUGAGUCUGACCUCCAUUUCUCUUUGAUCAGAAAGUAAGAGGUUGACCAGCUUGCUUUAGUUGCCUGGUUACAGCUUCCUCAGGGGUUUCAAUGAGUUUCCUUCAAGCUGACACGGGGCACUAUGCUAUUAAAGGCACUUUAUUAAAGAAGGUUUGAGGGACUACGGCAGCCUGAAGCAGCCCUAGUGACCAAGCUCGCUCAGGUGGUUAUUUUGCUUGAAAAUAAGUAUGUCAACGAAAGUGGGACAUAACAUUUAUUUAUUGCUGGGGAUUGCACAAACUGUACUUUUCCUUUUUAUUUGAAUUGCUUGUUCAAGGUUGAAGAAGAUUAGGGUGUAUAAUUGUUGUAUACAAACACUGUUAUACAGUCAUUACACCUGUGUUUUGUCAAAAUGGCAGCUGUGAAAGGGGCCUGUAGAGUUGAUUCAUACAGCAGACAGUUAGACGUGCCAGAGAAAGCACAGGUUUAAUUAAUACAGUACCCUUAAUGAUGUCUGCAUUCAAUUAAGGGGCUCCAGCAAGAGCCAUUUUCCUCUGCAUGAUGAUUCAUAUGCAUGUCUUACCAGGAAACAAAGGCAUUAUUAGAAAGAUAGUGCUUAUUUGACAGUAAAUAUGUAACUAGAGCCAGGAGAUGGCUAUCUAAGCAUAAACACUGGAAACAGUAGGAGACAGCAAUCUGAAGGUUAAAAAACACAGUACCAGCAGCUCUGAUGCUCAUUAAUUAACUAACACCAAACUGUACAGCUGUCUCAUUUGUUUAAGAAAAAAAUAAAAUGCUUGUAUGAAAGCGACAGCUUGUGGUUUUAUAGGGAGCUUGAACUGGAUUAUGUUUUGGCUGGGAGCAUACAGGCGACCAAUGCAGACUCCAAUUACUGGUCUCAGCCAAGGAAUUAUCAUAUUUAUAACCCCAAGGAAAAUGAAAAAUGUGCCUUUUUACACUUUGGUUUUCGUAUGGAUUAAACCUAACAUAUUAUGUAAAGAGCUUUAGAGGUGCCAGUACUGGGUUUUGAUAUCUUAAGACAAAGCCAGUUUGGCUGUCUGUAGCUUCAUAUUUAUCAUGCAGACAAGAGAGUGAUAUCAAAAUAAAAGAGAUUGACGUUACUCUAGCCAGUUAGCUUAUUUAACCAUAAGACUGGAAACUGAGCAGAAAAGAGCCUUGCUGUGUCCACUGUUUUUCAAGCCAAGGAGGAACAAUUAAAAGUCAGCUAUCAGCUACAAUCAGCCAUGUUGAAAACCACAAAGUCCAGAAAUCUAUUAGCAGUCAUGGAUCCGACAUGAAUUCAACAGUCUCAUUAAGAAACAAAGUUGAUUUGUGUGCCAAUUCUUUUUCAAAUCAAAAACAUAUUUAACCCAGCUCUGCAUCAUUAAUUAUUGUAUUUGACAUCUGUUCUUUUUAAGCUUGUUUUUAUUUAUAUUGUUUGGCUCUUUAAGGUGUUUUUAUAUGUCCUUUUAUAAUGUGUUUCUUUGCUCUUAAUUGAUAAGUAAUGCUUCUGAUAUGAUGUCUAACAUUCUAAAGUGGAGGGUAGGUGAGCACUUGGAGUUGUUAUCUGUAAUGGUGUUGAUUUUAGAUAAAUAUGUGCUGCUCUGCUUUGCCUUUCAUAUGUAAAUCUCUUAUCAAAUCACUUCCAAUAAAGAAAAAUACUCAUAU